AUGGGAUACGACGGCGCCCCCUCGCCCGCAUCGGCCGCGGCGCGCGACGCCAAGAAGAAGAGGGGUAACCGCUCGUCGGCCAAGCUGAAGCAGUGCAAGCUCGACGCGCGCCGCGAGCAGUGGCUGUCGCAAGUCAAGGAUGGGAAGGAGGCCACGGCCAAGCCUUUGCCAGCGGGCGCAGGAUCAGGGGCAGGGUCGAAUGCUGGGUCGCCAAUCCUUGCGUCGCCACACCCUCCACUGCCCCGGCGGCGAGCCGAUGCAAGGUCAAGGGGUGGGGCUCUGGAGGACGACAAGGAGGAUGCUGGCGCUACCGGGCAAGAAGUAGGCGGCAGCGACCUUGACUCCCCUAUGCACAGCCCUUGUUCAGACAACUCUCGAGGUGGCGGCUGUGCACAGAGUAAGCGCUGCUCAAGCAAUGGUGGUGGCCCCAGCCUCAGCAGCGUGAGCAGUCUAUGGUCCAGUUCCAGGAGUGUGAGUGAUGCUGAGGAUGAUGACACGGGCAGUGGCCCUGAGGAGGAAAACGGGGUGCUGGAUGAUUGGGAAGCUGUUGCUGAUGCACUUUCAGUCGAUGAUAACAGUCAUUGCCACCAGAGUUUAGGUACCACGAUGCCCCCAGCAGCUACAAGUGAGUCGGCACCUCUGGCAAAUACAUCAAAAAGAACAGAGCCUAUUCGUAGCAAUGCAAGAGCUUGGACACCAGAUGAUACGUUCCGUCCACAGAGCUUGCCCAGUAUCUCCAAGCAGUCGAGCUUCCCAGCGAGGAUCGGCAACUGCUGGGGGAUGGGUAUGAGUGCAGCACAUCAGAGUAUCCUCUCUAUGCCAUUAUCUUGCCCGAUAUGCUACGAGGAUCUUGACCCAACAGACUCAAGCUUCCUCCCCUGCCCUUGCGGGUUCCAUCUGUGUCUCUUCUGCCACAAGAGGAUCCUCGAGGCGGAUGCGCGUUGCCCAGGGUGCAGGAAGCUGUACAAUGCAGGGUCUGCAGGAGAAGGAGGAGCGCCAGCACCAGUGCGUCUAUCCCGUUCUUGUAGCAUGGGUCCAAGACACUAG